ACAUAAGCCCACCAAAAUAGUAUCUUCUACCUUUCCCUUUUUCGUUCUGUUUUCUUCUCCAAUUCCUCCAAAUCCUCAUACCCGGCUUCCAAAUCAUCAUCAUCAUCAUCCGCCAUCUUUCGCUUGUUUCUCGUUUUCUUUAAACUUCGCAUCUUUGUAUAGCAUCUGUGUCAUUGCUUUAUUCGAUCGAGCUGUGAUGGAGCCGCCGCCGGAGGGUGCUGGGAUAGCGUUGGAAACGGCGGAGAAGAUUGUACUCCGGUGGGACUCUACGGCGUCCGAAGAAGCCCGUGAGAAAAUGAUCUUUGAAGGCGACCGUCAAGAGGUUGAUCUCUAUUUACAGGCUGUCGAUGAAAUCCAACGCUCCAUGUCUUCCGCUUCCAUCUCCGAUACUGACCAAGAUAAAGUCAACUCUGCUAUUCAGAUCGCCAUGGCUCGCCUCGAAGACGAAUUUCGUAACAUUUUGAUUUCUCACACCAACCCUAUCGAGGCCGAUUCGUUGACCGAUCCAAGCUCUUCGGUUCACUCUUGUUCUCUGGCAACUGAAGGAGCUGAGCUAGACGACGAUACUAAUAUUGAAGAAGAAGAGCAUGCUUCGCUUAUUAAAGCCGAAGAGCUUCUUCGCUAUAACAGUGAUGCUUCCAGCGCCGCUAAUAGUAGCUAUCGAUCUACCAGUAGUAUUCGCGAGAUCGAUCUGAUACCUUCUGAUGCCAUUUACGACCUUCGAAGCAUCGCUGAGAGGAUGAUCUCAUCUGGAUAUCUGCGUGAGUGCAUACAGGUUUAUGGUAGUGUGAGGAAAUCAGCCGUUGAUGCGAACUUUCGGCGACUCGGGAUUGAGAAGCUAAGCAUCGGUGAUAUUCAGAGGUUGGAGUGGGAACAGCUUGAGUCUAAGAUCCGACGGUGGAUAAGGGCAGCUAAAGUUUGUAUCAGGACAUUGUUUGCCAGCGAGAAGAAGCUCUGCGAGCAAAUCUUUGAUGGCUUAGGGACUGCAAUUGACGAUGCCUGCUUCAUGGAGACAGUUAAAGGUCCGGCAAUUCAGCUUUUCAAUUUUGCCGAAGCUAUCAGUAUAAGCAGGAGAUCCCCUGAGAAAUUGUUCAAGAUUUUAGACCUUCAUGAUUGCUUGAUGGAUUUGAUUCCUGAUAUUGAUAUUGUGUUUGAUUCCAAGUCUUCGGAGUCUAUUCGCAUUCAAGCUGCGGAGAUAUUAUCUCGGUUGGCUGAGGCUGUAAGAGGUAUACUAUCCGAGUUUGAGAAUGCUGUUCUUCGUGAACCAUCCAAGGUCCCGGUUCCUGGUGGGACAAUUCAUCCAUUAACAAGGUAUGUCAUGAACUAUAUAAGUUUGAUCUCUGAUUACAAGCAGACAUUGAGUUCGCUUAUAGUGUCUAAACCGUCAACCGGGUCGAGGUACUCGGGUGAUCCCUCAAUCCCAGAUAUGGAUUUUGCUGAACUAGAGGGUAAAGCCCCAUUGGCUGUUCACUUGAUUUGGAUAAUUGUCAUAUUGCAAUUCAACUUGGACGGCAAGUCCAAGCACUAUAAGGAUGCAUCUUUGUCGCACUUGUUUAUGAUGAACAAUGUUCACUACAUUGUUCAGAAGAUAAAAGGGUCUCCUGAAUUGAGGGAGAUGAUAGGAGACCAUUAUUUGAAGAAGCUAACUGGGAAGUUUCGGCAGGAAGCUACUAGCUACCAGAGGGCUACUUGGGUAAGAGUAUUGUAUUGCUUGAGAGACGAGGGAUUACAUGUGAGUGGUGGGUUUUCUUCUGGGGUCUCCAAAAGUGCUUUGAGAGAAAGGUUCAAGUCCUUCAAUGCUAUGUUUGAGGAGGUUCAUAGAACCCAAGCAACCUGGUUGAUUCCGGAUUCUCAACUCCGGGAAGAGCUUCGGAUAUCAAUAUCGGAGAAGCUAAUACCAGCAUACAGGUCAUUCCUUGGGCGAUUCAGGAGCCACAUUGAGAGCGGAAGGCAUCCAGAAAACUACAUUAAAUAUUCAGUUGAGGACCUGGAGAAUGCUGUUUUGGAUUUUUUUGAAGGGUACCCUCCUUCCCAGCACUCGAGGAGGAGAUCUCAGUGAUGGAUUGAAAUGAAUUUUGCAACUUAGAAACUAGGACACAUUCUUUUAAUUUUUUCCCUGGAGCGUUCAGGGAACUGAGUGUUGGCCAUAAUGAGCAUUCUCAAGCUCUCAGGUAUUCCAAGAUUCACCAUCCAUCAUUCUCUGGAAUAGAAGAGACUAAUACUCUGUCCACGAUUGGUAUGGCUUCAUUAAAAAGCCAAGUUGCUCAGCCUGAAUGCCUCUGCCAUGAGUUGUUUGAUGGUCUUUCUAUCCGAACACUUCCACGAGUUCAGCGCUGCAGCAAUGAGCAAACCGUGAAGGAAUGAUUUUUUGUUCUUUGCCUAGCACAUGCGCUUGGAUUCUUAAUUAAAUUGUUGUUAAAAGGAUUUGAUCAUAAGUAAUCACGAGGACGAAAAUCUCUUUAAUGUUACUCUAUAUCCUUAUCUGCAACUGAAACUUAUGAGAGAACAGUAUAGAAGAAUGAUGAAAGAAAUAAAAAAAGAAUAAUUUAGAAAGAGGGUAGCUUAGAACUUAUUUCAAGGGUCGCAACUACGUGCAUUCUAGUCUUUUUGUG